AUGGAUACGCGCAAUGCGAGUUUUGAUCUAUCUAAAAGUCAAGAUGUGGAUAAUUUACUCAAUUUAUUAGAAAACGGAACAAUAUCGGAUCUCGAAGAAGAGAGUGACGAUGAAAUUGUACAGGCAAUACCACAAAAAAAUAAUCGUGUAGGUAGUAACAUAACGCUACCAACCGAAAGAGAGAUAGGUAAUCACUCUGAAGAGGAGGACGAUAUAGUAGAGGAAGAAGACUUUGAGGAGGUAGAAUCUAGACCCGGAUCAAGUAGUAAGCCUACAAAUGAAAUAAUUUGGAGAAAACAUUUACAGCUUGAAACACCACAAUUCAUUUGGUCAGCGCCACCACCAGCUGAAAUUGAUUCACCUUACGUUCCCAUUGAUUAUUUUUCUAAAUAUAUAUCAGAGUCUCUAAUUGAAGAUUUUACAUUCAAUACAAAUUUGUAUGUGGUGAGAAAUGAAGUCCGUAAUUUCAAACCAUGUACUUCAACAGAAAUGAAAAUAUUUUUCGGCUUUCAUAUCAUAUUGGGUAACCUAAAGUUUCCUCGUAUUCGUUUGUAUUGGGAUUCCAGUUUAGAUAUGAAAAUAUUUUUAGAGAACAUGGCCAGAGAUAGAUUUCUUCAGAUGAGAAACAAUGUCCAUGUAAUUGAUAACAAUUCUAUUCCACAAAAUAACACCGAUCGUUUUAUCAAAGUUCGACCUUUAUAUGAUUCAGUUAGAAAACGAUGUCUAGAACUAAAAUUAGAGCAAAUAUUGAGCGUUGAUGAACAGAUUGUACCUUUUCGAGGAGAACUUGAAGUCAAACAAUAUGUCAAAGGAAAACCACAGCCAUGGGGUGUAAAGAUAUUUAUGAUUUGCGGUAAGAGUGGAUUAGUUUAUGAUUUUAUUAUUUAUCAAGGCGCAACUACAAAUCUAGAGAAAAUUGACGUUUUGAAAUAUGGCACAUCUGCUGUUUAUGAUCUUCGCGAGAGGGAAAUUUAUGCAGGAGGAACGAUCAGAAUAAAUCGUUUUGGAAAACCGCCACUCAUAACUGACAAGGAAGGAUCAAAAAAAGAUAGGGGAUAUACUGAUCAAGUUACGAAUAAUACUAAAGAUGUGGUUGUUAUCAAGUGGAUUGACAACAAAGGUGUAGUACUUGCUUCAAAUUUUGUUGGAAUAGGAAAUCAAGAUGAAGUUCGACGACGGAAUAAAAUAUCUAAAAAUUACGUAACUAUACCGCGUUCUGAACUUGUGCAAUUAUAUAACAAUGGUAUGGGCGGUGUAGAUAAAACUGAUCAUCUGAUUAGUUUGUAUCGAAUCUUCAUUAGAUCCAAAAAAUGGACAUUGCGUAUGAUAUUUCACGCCAUUGACCUAGCACUAACCAAUAGCUGGCUGGAAUACCAAGAAGAUUGUAAAAUCUGUAAUAUACUAAGGCAGCGCGUUGCAGAAGCUCUAAUAAAAAUGGGGCAUCCAAUUCCUAGCAGAAAAAGAGGACGGCCCGCAUCUGGUGGUAGCAGUCCAGUAAAUUCACCAGUUACACCAAAACAACAUCUUUUCAGGACUGAAAUAAGACCAGCGAGCGAAAUCCAGUAUGAUACUGUCGACCAUUUGCCAGAAUAUGAUCAAAAGAAAGAAGCUACAAGAUCUAAAAAUCCAGGAUGUAAAGGAAAGACGCAUGUUUACUGUCUGAAAUGUGAAAUACAUCUGUGUUUUACUGGUGAGUGA